AUGGAGGAACAAUAUAAUCGUCAUCACAUUGCCAGACAGAAAAAAUUCAAUAUUGAAGACUCCGUGUGGGCCAAGGACUAUCGUUCCGGAGCACCAAAACAAGCGCCUGGUGAAGUGGUACAACAAUGCGGAAACAGGCUCUACGACAUUUCGGUCGAUGGGCAAAUCUGGAAGAGACAUGUCAACCAGUUAGGUCUAAGCGUUAGCAGUAAUCCAAAUAUUAUAGAGACACCAACAGAAGUCGUCGAGCUGCCGCUGUUGCCAAUGUCGAGGUCAGCCUACGUAGCGGAAGAAGCAAGCUCGAUGCUGCCAACCACUACGGUCGAAGCACGGCCCCCACAAUCAAUGGACACUUCCACAACGACAACUACUCCCGUGUUGCAAGCCAUUGCAGGAGAACGCCUAACCAGAUCACGACGCCCUCUAGAGCGAUUGAUGACAGCAGCAAAAUCGAUCGAUGGUCAGAGAGGAGGUGAGGGAAAGACUAGCCAAGUUAAACGUGCCAAGGGAAAGAACAGUCACCAGCAACAAAGAAAUCGAAAGGUGAUCGAUCAAGACCCAAAAUGUUCUAUGAAACCAGUUGGACUAGAACAAACCGAGGAGUUGCGUAGCCCGGUGGUUUCAAGCGAAGGGUACGAUGAAUGGGAAACAGCUAGAUCAGAACAGAUUCUAAACCUUCUCAUCGUAUCGCCUCAUUUCUGCAACGGAACUUUUCCUCUGUGCAACGAGUUUCCUUGCAUAGCGCUUCCCAGACUGAAUGCAAAAGUCGACCCAUGUCCGAGCGUUUCUAUAGUUCUCAAAACGGCGAAAGCUCCAGUCGCACGUGUCUGUCCUCAUCCGAUAGCUGCAACGACGGUCACAACAUUAAUAGCAACUGUAGGCCGGAAGGACGCGACGGACGGUCUGGCAGGGCUCGAGAUCAGUGAUAUUGCCGGUGUAGCAGUUGUCGACGACCACUCAGUUGACGUCGUAAGUGCGGACCAGAACGACGAUUUCGAAGAGGUGUUGAACAAAAGAGCGAAGAAACAGAAAGCCCACGAGAUGCAGGCCAAAUUAGAUGCUGAAGAGAAACGUAAGGCAAGAGAGAAAGAGCGUCAGGAACGUACUCAAGUGAAGAAAAGGGCACGGUAUAAUAAUAUGAAGAAAGCAAUGACAGUGAAUUGUUAUAUAUUUACGUCUGUCGUGAGUCAAGAUGGAAACGUGGUACCCAUCGUUCGAGAUGAGACCUCUGUUUUGAGAUAA